AUGGUGUUUUUAGAACAGCUGGAAGGAAUUUCCAAAGUAGCUUUACGAUUUCUCUGCCCCUGCAUUUGGUUUAUUUUCUCUGAUCGACAUAAAGGAACAUUUAAAUGUUUGACAGCAUUCAUAUUAGGUUUCUGCCUUGGGCAGGCUUACUUCCAUUAUUUAUUAAAGUUUAUUUUGCCCAACACAAUUGGUCUUUCGCUGGGAUUAAUAAUAAGUGUAUUUUUAGGUAUAGGAAACGCAAUAUCAAUUCAAAUAAGAUGUAUUUCUGUACUUUUACUGCCGAUGUACUGUGGGAAAGCUGGGAGAGGUAUAUUAAAGGCUUUUGUGCUUGCAUACGUCGUUGCAGGUCCUAUAACAAAUAUGGCUUUUAAUGCGAAAGAAGUGGUUCGCGUCUUUGCCUGUAGCACCCAGCUGUCAUGUAAUAUCACAAGAAUAAAAUACAAUUUUAUAGCUAAUCCAUUCAGAAGGGCGCUGCUGAGUAUGAACCCUGAAACAGAUGAAUUCAAAGGUACGUUAAGGUCUAUUAGAGACAUUGUAAAUCCUAUAGAAAUCGAACUGGAGAACAGUAUAGAAAUUCAGGAUACGAAAGUGGAGAAUGAUAUUGUCGACGACAUGUUCUAUUUUCGACAUAAAUCUGAUCAAAUUCAGGAGAAAUACCGGAUAUCUGCCAAAGACCCUGAACCAAUUCAAUAUUGGAAGAAAUACGUACAAAAGAUAGAACUACGCUGUCAAAGACAAAUUGACCACGCAGUUAUCUACUGUAUGCGUAUAUUUUCUUCUUCAUAUAAUAUUUGCUAUAGCAUUUUACCGAUACAUGCUGGUAUCGUGUGCUGGCCAUUGAUGCUUCAAAAUGCUUGUCAUAUUGACCGUUAUCUUGGUUCUCUUUGCAAAUAUGAGGUGCUGUUAGAUCCCGGACUGGGAGAAGGUUAUAUGUAUUUGAAGAAAGCUUCGGUCACAUUUAUUGAAAAUCUUAAUGACGUCAACAUAUCCGUGCGAGAAAUUGUUGAAAAUGAUCCGCAUUGUCGACUAGCUAAAGAGAGCGCAGAACAAUUAAUUGAUGCAUUUAAAGAAAAAUACAGUAUAAUGCAAGAAGCUAUUCUAGUAGUAAAUGUUUGUUUGGUUCUUCUCUUUCUACGACUUGUGACGUCGGCGCAAAGUUACCACGACCUAUAUUUAACUAAUAUCGAUUAUGACAAUGUGUAUAUAACUGGAUACUUUAAGAGGAUUGAUCAGAGGCGUAGAAAUAAACAUAAGUGUACGUUACUACCCUUAAAAAAGAUGGAAAGAAAUCGUUAUAUAGACGUCUACCUAACGUCAUACAUUCCGUCUGAACGUAGCAAAAUUUUCACCCAGAUCUUAAAGCUAACCCUGGAAGCUAUAACGGCAACAACAUUCGUGAUGCUGGACCGUCUCUUCUACGAAGCCUUGGAUGUGGUCCGGCAGUACGCAGACUCGGAACAUUAUGGGAUUGGAGAUUUGGAUGUUCUGGUGGAAGGAAAAGGAUUCCUUGCAAGCAUGGUUCGUAAAGUUAUCGAUGGUUUGGGUAAAGUGAACACAAGUUCAAUAUGCUUAUCCAACAAGGAAUGUCUGCCGCAGCCCCAUGCAAUAUUGCCAAGCUAUUACUUUAAAAUAUAUGGAGGAUAUUUGUGGAUAUUAGCGCUAUUGUAUUUAAAUCCUUACACAUUGAGAUUACGAAGACUAAUCUGUGGUUUUUUCUACCCACACCGCGAGAAACAGAGAAUAUUGCAUCUUUACAACGAUAUUCUCAAAAAACGUUUAAGAAUGCAGAAAACACUACGUAAAAAAGCCGUGCAAGCAGUGAGGGCUCACUAUCUGUCGGGAGAAAAUCUUCUUAGUUUAAGGAUAAGGUUCCCACAGCUGCUGGGAUGGCUGGGAGCUUUACCCCUCGCGAGGAUGAAGUGUCUUAUAUGCGAAGAAAUUGAACCAAAUUUGAAAAAACGUUGUGAUAAGAGCUGGCAUAACUGUUCCAGCAUUAGGUGUCCGUUCGUAUACUGCGAUGAGUGCUGGAAGGACGUUGGAAGCAGUUGCCUGGCCUGCGACCCAGCUCUUAAUGAGCUCAGUGACGUUGACUCUUUGAGUGACGAUCAGCCUCCGAGAUACUAA